AUGGCUGGUACUCGUGGUGUUAGUAACCCAUCUAGUAGCAGUGUCCCGCAGCCCGAAGUGCAUCCAAACCAACUUCUGGCGAUGAUUCAGGGAUUGGCCACGAAUCAGCAGCACCUAGCUAGGCAGCUGCAGCGGGAGCCUCAGCACCAACCUCCUCCUCGUCCAGAGUCUAGCGUCAGGCAGUUCCGGUAUAUGAGGCCCCCUUCUUUCUCUAGUGCUGAAGGACCCCUAGCAGCGGAGGAAUUCUUAAAGGUCACUGAGACUAUUCUCACGGUGACCCCUCACCGACAUGGAUCAAAUUUGGUGGACUGCAGAGAAAACUCAUCUGGAGAGACCCAUCCUGUGGGAGACGUUCACCAAGCGCUUCAACAGGAAAUAUUUUCCUCAGUCAGCUCGGGCGAGCUUUUGCGAAGAUUUGUGGAGCUCAAGCAAGGAGGGCGAACAGUUGAUGAGUACGAGGCCGAGUUUUCUUCCUUGAGUCGAUAUGCUCCUCAUCUUGUUACAGACCCCACUAUCAGGAGGCAUCAGUUCCAAAAGGGCCUGGAUAAGUAUAUCAGGUUUGCUCUAGCUGGUAGAGCACUUGCGACCCACGACGUCGUGUUAGAUGCAGCACGUGAGGUUGAGAGCGUGCAUAAGGAGCUUGAAGACUCACACGUGAUUCAGAGCAGGACACCAGCAGUUCAGGCCCGGAAUAUCGAUCGUUCACCUUCGAGGCAGCAGCAGAAUCCGGAGCGACAUCAGUUUUCUCAGCGCCAGCCACUUCCUCAUGUGCAUCCCUAUCAGCGCCCUAGAGUGCAGACUCAUGACCGGCCUUCGGUGCAGUGCUCCUAUUGUAGUUUCCGUGGGCAUACCCAUCAGGAGUGCCCCAAACGUCUUCGUCUAUGCUUCAACUGUAGAUCCCCUGACCAUGUCAACCGGGACUAUCCGUAG